ACGUAUUAUAAAUAUAAUACAAAUCCCCACACCGAUUGUGUAUGUGAUCAAACUCAAAUUCAUACUCUUUUAUGGUAUCAAAGCUUCACAAUUUUUUUUUUCAUCUUAUUUCUCUUCUCUACUAUAAUGUCUUCUUCUACAUCCUCCAACACCAUUACUGCCUCAAAAACCAUUACUACCGUCACUGCUAUUAACUCUUCAUCCUUGUUAUCCCCCUCCCUACCGCCCUUUACUCUUGGCAAUAUAUUUCAUGUUCUCCAAAUCAAGCUAGAUCGCAACAAUUACCUUCUCUGGCGAGCACAAUUUCUUCCUUUAUUUCGUCUUCAUGGCUAUCUUUGGUUUGUGGAUGGCUCAUAUCCUUGUCCGACACCCACUAUCACUGAUGCUGAUAAUAAUGUGAUUGACAACCCGGAUCAUACUGCAUGGCAUUAUCAAGACCAACUCAUCCUUUGCUGCAUCCUCUCCACUCUUACUGAAUUAGUUUUCUCACACAUCGUCGGUCUUGAGACUUCUCAUGAUGUUUGGACCUUGCUUGAGAAACUUUAUGCUCCUAAAUCUCAAGCUCGCAUAAUGCAGUUCGAGUAUCAACUUCGAUCUCUAAAGAAGGGCUCUCUUUCCAUGGAAGCCUUUGUUCAAAAAGCCAAGAAUAUUGCGGAUCAACUUUCUGCCAUUGCUCAUCCCAUCUCCGAUUCCCAAUUAGUUCUCAGCAUCCUCAGUGGCCUAGGUUUGGAGUAUGAUGCAUUCGUUACCUCAGUCACAUCUCGUCUUGAUCCAUUACCUUUUGAUGACUUCCUCGGCUUGCUUUAUAAUCAGGAAGUUAUUCUUCAAAGCUACACCACUGAAUCUCCAAUAGAGUCUUCUCCUAUUGUGAAUGUUGCGGUCAAAUCAUCUACUGCCCCGAAUCCUCCCUCUAAUGGUCGAGGACGAGGACGCGGUCGAGGCCGUGGUCGCAAUUUUUAUGAAGGAGGUUCCUCUCAUUCUCGACUCAUUUGUCAGGUUUGUGGUCGUGCAGGUCAUUCAGCUCUCCAAUGCUACCAACGAUUUAAUCCCGGUUAUAAAGCUAAUAGUGGCUCUCCAUCUGCAAUGUAUGCAUCUUCAAUUGGUGAGUCAUUUGAUCCAUACUGGUACCCAGACUCUGGUGCCACUCAUCAUCUUACAACUGACAUGGAAAAUUUGAACAUUCGGAGCGAUUAUUCUGGCACUGAUCAAAUCCACACUGCAAAUGGGUCAGGAUCGAUCCUCGGGGAACCUCCUGCUCAAAAGCCAGCAUAAGAAUGGACUUUGUUAUCUUAAUAAUGCACGCAUCACCAAUAAGGUCUCUCUACAGUCAAUAAAUCACCACCAGCUCCAUCUUGCUUCAUUGGUGAACGAGUUUUUGCUUCUAUUUGGCAUGAGCACUUGGGUCAUCCAACUGCCCGCAUUAUUUCUUCAGUUAUAUCAAAGCAUGACUUGCCAAUAUCUCCGUCUUCCUCAUCCAUUUUCUGUGAAUCAUGUCACUUGGGCAAGUCGCGUCGUCUUCCCUUUACUAGAUCAUCAACUACUUGUAAUGCUCAUUUGGAGAUACUUUAUUAGGUUCUAUGGGGACCAUCUCCUGUUACUUCAGUUAAUGGUUUUUGUUAUUAUAUCAUUUUU